GGAUAAAUGUUAGGUUAGGUGCAAAGAAAACAAUGUUUUGACGUUCGCUGCAGGUUUCGUUUAUUCCUUUCACGUUGUUUUUAAAUAGGAAAGAUGGCAAAUAUCCUUUUAAGUGAUGCAGAGAAGACAUUCAUUUUACAUGGUGUUGAGGAAGACUUCCGGUGUGAUGGAAGAACAAGGCGAGAUUACCGUCCAAUGGAAUUGGAAACGGGAAUCGUAAGCCAUGCAAGUGGCUCAGCUCGACUGCGACUAGCCAACACAGACAUAUUAGUCGGUAUCAAAACAGAAAUAGAUGUUCCAAGCCCCUAUAAUAUAGACAAAGGAAAAAUAGAGUUUUUCAUCGACUGUUCUGCCAAUGCUACCCCUGAAUUUGAAGGUCGAGGUGGUGAAGAACUGGCGCAAGAAAUUUCUGAUACACUGGCUAAAUCCUAUCAAUCAGGACAAGCAUUCGAUUUAAGAAAACUCUGUAUACUUCCCGGGCAACAAUGCUGGAAAUUAUACGUUGAUAUUCUGAUUCUCGAAUGUGGUGGAAACUUGUUCGAUGCAGUAUCGCUAGCUGUUAAGGCCGCUCUAUUCAACACGAAAAUUCCCCGCGUAACGGCUGCUUUAAUGGAUGGCGGAAAUGUCGAUUUGUCCUUGUCAGAUGAUCCAUACGAUUGUAAUCGUAUUGAAAUCAAUCAAAUUCCGAUUCUAGUGACUGUAUGCAAAAUUGGUGAUUCAUGCGUAGUCGAUCCAUCAGCUGAAGAGGAACAAUGCAGUGCGGCAAGUGUUGUUGUGGGCGUAUCGCAACGUGAUAACAAAAGUUUUCUCACCAAUAUUCACAUGUGUGGCGUGGGGUCAUUCCAUCAGGAAACCCUAGAAAGUAGUGUGGAGCUUGGCCUAUCUGCAGCUGAAAAAUUAGAUGAAGAACUUUUAAUAGCUCUCAAACUGGAAGAAGAACGAUUCGGAAAAUAUGGAAAGAAAGAAAUAUUUGGUUUUCUAAGAUAACUUUCAGAUGUAACGUCGACCUUAAUUUAUCGUGGAAUAAAAAACAAUUUCAAGUUUUCA